UAUCAUCACAACAAUCUAAGCCACUCAUCGAACGAUGUACGCUCAAUCGUUUUUAAUAUUUACUUUAUUAAUCGCAUACAAUGAUGCGGCGAAAAUACUGGCUAUGUUCCCAGUACCGUCUAUCAGUCAUCAAGUAGCGUUCCGACCUCUCACUCAAGAACUUGCCAGGCGAGGACAUGAAGUCACGGUUAUCACACCAAAUCCCGCCUUCCCGAAAGGAGGAACACCUGCAAAUCUAACAGAAAUUGAUGUGCAUGAUAUUUCUUAUGGGAUUUGGAGGAAGCUUUAUGAGUAUACUUCUGGUACUACAAGCCCAACCACUCAAACGAGGAUAGCUUUCCAAAUGAUGGUUCAGCUAGUGGAAAACCAAUUGCAAGUCGAUGAAGUGCAAAGACUGAUAAAAGAAGAAAAGUUUGACUUGCUGUUCUUAGAAGCAGUGGCACCAGCUUUAAUAGUGUCACACAUAUUCAAAGCACCAGUGAUUCAAAUAUCUUCAUUUGGUCCUAUGAAUUUCAAUGUGGAGACGAUAGGAGCAGCAUGGCAUCCUUUGCUGUACCCAAACAGUUUUAGCCAGAAACUGUACAACAUGACAAAAUGGAACAAAUUAGAAGAACUGUGGAAUUUUUAUAGUUUAGAAGGUGUUAUGAGAGAAUCUGAUGUUUUAGAGUAUGAAAUGGCUAAAAGACUUUUUGGGGAUAAUGCUCCAACUGUGAAAGAGUUGAGAGAUAAUGUUGAUAUGUUGUUUUUGAAUACUCAUCGGAUGUGGGAGGGAAAUCGUCCAGCUCCUCCAAGUGUUGUGUAUAUGGGUGGACUGCAUCAGAUGCCACCGAAGGAAUUACCAAAGGAUCUCAAAACCUACUUAGACUCUUCAAAGAACGGCGUUAUAUACGUAAGCUUUGGUACAAACAUUCAACCUUCACUAUUCCCGCCCGAGAGGGUUCAGAUGUUCAUAAAAGUAUUCUCUGAACUUCCCUAUGAUUUUCUAUGGAAAUAUGACAAAGAUGAGCUCCCUGGACGUACUAGCAACAUUAGGAUAUCCAAGUGGCUGCCACAACCUGAUCUUUUAAGACAUCCAAACGUAAAAGCAUUCAUAACACAAGGAGGUCUACAAUCAACAGACGAAGCUAUAUCGGCAGGAGUACCUAUGGUUGGUCUUCCUAUAGUUGCUGAUCAAUGGUACAAUACAGAAAAGUAUGUUCACCAUAAGAUUGGCGUCAAACUUGAUCUGGAUGAGCUGUCUGAGCAGCAACUUAAGAAUGCUAUCAAGACUGUUGUUGGAAAUAAAAGCUAUCGCGAAAACAUUGUGAAGCUAGGACAACUGAUGUACGACCAGCCAAUGACACCAUUGGAGCGUGCGGUGUGGUGGACGGAGCACGUGCUGCGUCACGGCGGCGCGCGACAUCUGCGCUCUCCCGCCGCCAACAUGUCGUGGACGCAGUUCCUCGAACUAGAACUAGUUCUUACUGUACUUUCAGUCAUAUUAGGCUUAGUCUCAGUAUUAUUAGGUAUAGUGUACUAUUUGUGGAAGUCUUUUACUUCGAAACCAGUCAGUAAAAAAGUUAAGAAGAAUUAAAAGACUCGUAAAUGCUUUUGGUAAGGACCUAAUUGUGAUACUUGCUUAUAGAUAAUAUUAUAUGAAACAAUUUAUGUUAUUAAGGAAAAUAAUGUUAUGUUUACCUGUUACAUCCGUGAAUUUUGUACAAAAUCCAAGCAUUGGAUAUUUUUGAGUAAAUUAUAAUUUUCCAAAGUAUA